CGUUAAUAACAUAACCUAUACCAUAAGUAGGUAGGUACCUAUUGAGAUUUUAGUUUAGCAAAUAAAUUUGUGUUGUAAGUAAAGUUCUUAAGUAUUUUCUUAAGAAUAUUGCUUUAAAUAAAAUUUUGCUAAAAAUACAUUUUGAAAACAACAAUGCGAAUAAAUCCACCAGUAUUUGCUACCGCCAGACAAAACAAUGCAAGACGGCCUCAAAGGGAGCCAGUACCUUUUCAGCAACUUCUGCCACUGCAACUGAAGAAGACAGUUUCUGGGAAAGGAGAUAAAUUGAAAGAGUCAGCAUGCAUGCAGGAACUAGCUAUGAUGUUCGCGUGUUUCAAGAAGCACGAGUUCAACCAGCAAGAAUGCGCAAAGGAGGUCACUUCAUUUCAAAGUUGCUAUGGCGAGUUCAGCAAGAAGCUUGCGGUUCAAAGAGAGCAAGGAAAGAAAGGUAUUCUUGUUCCCGGAGAGAAGAACUUAACACAUAGACAAAUGAAUCAACUUUUGAAAGCCUUUCCUCCACAUCAAGACCACCCAAAAAGAGUGUAAUAUUAAAUUGACUAGUAAAUAAUAUUUAGGUUUUGUGAACAUAAAACAAUGUACUUUUAAUAUAGAUGUGUAUAUAAUCA